AUGAGGAUGCUUUUGCAGCCUGUGACUUCUAAAGUGAAGAAGGGUGAGAAGACUGUUAGAAUCUCAAUUUUGGCCGAGUUUCUUGGCAAUGCCUACCAACUUGUGUCAUUGUUGGGGAAGGAGUUUCCUGAAUUGGGUUUGAAGAAGGAGAACUGUAUGGAGAUGACUUGGAUUGACUCUGUGCUUUGGCGGGCUAAUUUUGAUAAUGGGACUAAACCUGAAGCGUUGCUCAAUAGAAAUCCCAAUGAUGCAAAUUUCCUGAAAAGGAAGUCUGAUUAUGUUCAAACCCCAAUCUCCAAAGAUGGGUUGGAGUAG